AUGUCAGACAUUGAUUCAGAAAAUGGAAGCAAUCAAGAUGAUGACAUAUGCAGAGAUUACAUGAGAAAUGUUUGCUCAAGAGGAAGAAAAUGUAGAUUUAAACAUCCCAAUAAAACACAAUUACAUUUUGUCGGAGAUAUUGAUAGUACAAAAGAAGAAAGGGGAAAAUUAGUUAGAAUGUUUUGCCAUGAUUUUCAGAACACAGUUUGCACUAGGGAAGAAUGUAAAUAUAUUCAUUCAUCGAAAGAGGAUGAAGAUAGUUUUGUAGAAACUGGUUCAUUGCCUUUAUAUGUGUUAGAAGAUGCUAUAUCUAAAUCUGUCAUACCUUCACUUCCUGGUGAAGCUCCCGUAUGUAAGGAUUAUUUAAGCGGAGAAUGCAGAAGAGGAAAGGCAUGCAGGUACAGGCAUUUGUCGUUAAGUAAAUAUAGAAAAGAAUUAGAUUUUAUUUUUGGAGUUGAAAUUCAAGCUUUAGAAAAUUUACAAGAUGUUAGCAAUUGUGAAUUUGGAUCAGAGAAUAAAAGAUUAAAGACUUCUGUCAGUUCUUGUCUUCCUUGUAGUGGGGAUAUGACAUAUUUACCCAUGCAGCGUUAUUUCCCUCAUGAAAAAUGUAAAGUCCACGGAAGCAAUUACUAUUACAAUUCAGAUCGGUGCUCACAAAAUCAUUUUAAUGGUGCCUGCCAAAUGGCGCAAGAAUCUCAAAUAGUACUUUGUAGUCAAAAAGAAAGAGCCAUGUCUUUGCAGGAUGAAAAUAGUUUUUUGAAAAAAAGAAUAAUUGAUUUAAAAAAACAAGUGUCGGAUUUAACUGCGGCCAAUGAAUUUUUAUUAGACCAAAACGCUCAUUUACGAAUCGGUAGGAAAAAUGGAAGCGUGGGAGCUGUGACUCCAGUGAGUGUAACCGUAACAGGAACACCGGUGAGCGUUCAACCUAUUUCUCAAUUACCCGCAGCUCCUGCUCCUGGUCAAAUCGUUGCGGGCACUCCUGUAAAUGUGCAGCUGUCGGGACAAACAAGUACGGGACAAUUAGUAACCAUGGCAAGUCAAAAUGCAUCUACACAGCAACUGGUUACAGCUACGGUUCCAGUUUCGAUUGCUCCCGGUAAAUAUUUUUACCUUUGUUUGGUAAGCUUAUUCAAUUUAAGUAUAUUACACAGAGAAAAUAUUUCAGGAUCGUUAGCGGGUGGAGUCAAUCCCAAUGGGCAACAAAUAGUAAGUGCUCCUGGUCAGCAAAUUAUAUCAACGGGGGCGUUGAGUACAGUUACAGUAUCUGGGCAAACAAGUGCUGGUCAAUUAGUUACCGCGGCUGUACCUGUAUCUUGUAAUGCCACCGGUCAACAAAUAAUGGCAGCAGUGAGUACCGUAACGGUCGCCGGACAAAAUGGCACCGGUCAACAACUCGUCACGGCGACAGUUCCGGUUUCGUGCACCGCCACUGGUCAGCAGCAGUUGGUUCCAACAGCCGUAUCCAUGUCUCACACAGGUCAACAGUUGGUUCCAACGGGAACAACCGCUGGACCUCAACAACUGGUUCCCGUGUCCGGCACAUUAUCCGUCGGACCUAAUUCGGCUCAACAACUCGUACCUGUUUCUUUAGCGACUGCAGUACCUGUAACUAUUUCAGCCGUGUCGAUGGCUCCGGUGCAUGUUCCGCCGCCGAUAGUUACGGUUGCUCAGCCUCCGAACAAUCCGUCGAACAAUAUAACCAUGAAUGGGCCACCGGUUAUUUUCAAAUUUGGAAGAAUGUAA